AUGUGCGGACUGUUGGCGAAUGCCGGCAGCGAUGUCUCGAUGAGUCAUGCCCAGCUGCAACUUUUGAAUCGAGCACAAAAACCUGUCGCUUCUACAACCAAACUCGGCAAGAAAGCGAAGGGGAAGAAGCGCCGGGCGUGGACUAUUAUGAAAACGCGUGCCGACCUGGCCGGUACACGUUCCGUUCGCGACUGUAUGCGCGAAUGUAUCGACUCUACCGCCUUCCACUGCCGCUCAUUACAAUACAACCCGAAAACCAACGAAUGCUAUAUCUCGGAAGAAUCCUCUGAGCUGGCCGUACCCUCAUCGACGCUCGACCUCUUCGAGCCGGCCGUCUUUGGAUGCCGCACCUUCGCCUUCUCGGCGGCCAUCUCCGAAUGUCACCUAUCAGCCAUUCAAAUUGAAAAAGCCGACGACCAGCGUCUCCAAAUCAACCGCGACUUUGAUGUUUUUGCGAGGAUGAAGUUGGAAACAGAGAGCCCACGCGUUCAAAUAUCAUUGGACGUGCUGAGCACGACGCCGCUGCCGAAGUUUGUCGAACAAACCGCUCCGGCAAGCCACCUGCAAAAGAUUUUCGACACUGGCAAGGCGAUUGAGUCAAGUAGUUCGAACGAGUCUCCGGCAACCCUCGACGGUGGAUUGCAAGAAGAUAUCUUUGCUUUUCCCACGACAACCACUGACAUUUUCGCCUCCAGCACUUUUUCCAAGGCUACAGAUCCCGACUUUCCAACACUUGGCACAGAAGUCACCGCCGAGACGACACCGACCAGUCGCGAUCCGGUGACAGCCCUCGAUGCCCCUCCACGUCUCCUGACCCCGGAACCUGAAGCGGAAACAAACAUCCAACAGCAUCGCCCUCGCAUCUUCCAGGGGCACAACUUUUUGCAAGAAAAGGCACGCAUACACCGGCCAAGUAUUCUGGACGUUGAAGCGAAUACCGUGGUGCUGCCCAACGACAAGCUCAGCGAAAAUCAGGUGACCACGAAUUUCCAGCUUGAGGUCGAUCCGAAUUCUUCCGACUUUCAACAGCCAGACGAGAAGCCACCACCAAGAAGAAAACCUAGCGCCCUGCCCAGCGAAACUCCUGACCCUGAGGAGCUUGAAUUGGAGGAGAAUGGCAUGCCACGGGUUAUUCCGCUCACCGAAAACGUCGGCCACGUCUCGCCGUCGGCCGUCGCAACCCGCGCCGAGUGCUACGAGAACGGGGUGAACGUCACGUUUCAAGUCAACGGAAAAGGGCAGGAUUACACGGGUGCUGUUUACGCCGCCGAGCGCUUCUCGCAAUGCAGAGUGUUCGUCAAGAAGGCGCGCUCCUACUCGAUCUUCAUCCCGCGGCCGGCCCAUAAUACGUGGUGUAAUGCGCUAGAAGUGGAUGGAGUCCUCUCCGUGGUGAUUGUAAUGUCGAACGAUCGAGUACUUCCGCACGAUGUUACCACAAAAGAUGACCUAUUUUAUCAG